ACCUUUAUUCAAUUUUGACAACCAAAAUAAAAAGAAAAAGGAUUGCUCCAUCCGGUACUUGGUUUGGGACUUUGUUGUGGGCGAAUCAAUCGAAAUCUUAUAAGGAAUUCUGAAAUGGAUGAAUCCAACGAAGAACUGGAGCCGCUUUUUGAUUACAGACGUGUUCAGCCCUUCAAUACUCCCUUCAAUGUUGUCUGCCUUGACGAUGAUACUCCAGACUCGUCUCCAGUUAUCUCAAAGAAACGGAAAAUGAUCGAUUCUACUGCCGAAAAGAAAAAAGACAAAAAUGAAGCAGUUCAAAUAAUUGACUGCGAAGAAAAAGAAGAGGAUUGGCUGCCACCUUCCCCAAACAUUUCUGCUCAUACUAGUAGCCUUCUUGAAGAUUCAACUAUAAAGGAAAUUAGAUUAAAAAAGAAAGAGCUGGCAUCAUUUGCCCAAUCAGCAAAGGAUGAGCUGCGAGAUGUUGAAGAAUCUGUAAAAAGAGAUCUUAGUGCUUCGCUCCAUUCACUUCAAGAUAGUGUUGCUGAGAUGCCGUCAAAACCCUCAACUGACAGAGUUAAAAUGGUCAUUUCUAUCCAAGACAAGGAUGGAACGAAGCAAUUUCGCGUUUAUGCGGAUGAUAAAUUUGAGAGGCUGUUUAAGUCGUUCGCUGAUAAAGUCAAGCUUGAGUUGCAAAACUUGGUUUUCUGCUUUGACGGGGAUAAAAUUAAUCCAAAUGCAACUCCCAGUAGUCUCGGGAUGGAGGAUGAUGACAUCAUUGAAGUGCAUGAAAAACCAAGUUGUUGAGGUUUGAAGGCGUGGAUUUAUAACUCAAGACGCAAGCUUAAAAGACUGUACAAAUUGGUUCAUUUUUGUUGGAAUGUUAGACAAAUUACUUAUUUUUUUGGAAAAAGAUUAUGUAAACCUACUGAUGUAACAUCGUGGGAUGUGAAGUCUAUUUUGUACUGGAUUGCAAAUUUUAUAUAUGAAAGCAGCAUAUUACUAUUGAAA